AAUUUCAAAACGUAAAGUAAUCAAAUUCUGCUCUAAAUGAAGUUCAUCAUUAUUUUAUUCCUUGUGGCUUUUUCAUCUGCUGUCGAAUUCAACUGCAAAUUCAAAGAUGAUUAUACCUGCGAAGUGAUUAGUGGAAGAAUUAUAAAUAAAGCUGAUAGUUAUGUAACAGGAGUCCAAGGAGAUCAUAAAGAAGGAAAAUCAAAUAAAAAUGUUGGUGUUUUCGAUGGUCGAAAAGUGUCAAUCAAAUACUUUCCAAGAAAUUUAAACACAUACUUUCCUAAUAUUCAUCAAAUAUUUAUUGAACGGAAACUUCGUGAAAUUACAAAAGAGGAUCUUCAAGACUUUCCAAUGUUGGUUUAUCUCUACUUGAGCUUCAAUGACAUUCAAAUUAUUGAGAAGGACUUAUUCAUCUAUAAUCCUGAACUAAGACUUGUCUUCCUGAACGAGAAUCGAAUUAAAUAUGUAGAUCCAAAUGUUUUUAAAAACUUACCUAAACUAAUUUAUUUAGGUUUUGAAGAUAAUGACUGCCAUUCCGGAAUUGUCGAACAGGGUCGAUCAAAUGUUGUCGGAUUAAUUAAAAAGAUUUCAGACCAAUGCUCUAAUCCAAUAAUUUCAAAUGAAUUGGAACUAGAAAUGAAGAUUAUCAAACAAAAUUUGGAAGUAAUUGGUAUCAAAAAAGAGCUGAUUGAGAUGAAUUUUAAAUAUGAACUGUGUAAACCGUAUAUAAAAGAUUAUGUUGAUUACUAAGCAUAGCAAAGUCCUUAAAAUAAAGUUUUU